UGUGUCAGUGGUAACAGCACUCAGGACCAUGGAAACGUCCUCUACAACUUUGCUGUUGUUGAUGACAUGGAGGGUAUUUUUAGCGGUUGUUGUCAUCUUUCCGUAACAGCCCGGUGUGGUUUGGUAUAAAGGACUCUGUCAAAAUGCAGCUGUACAACAGUGUGCUGACACACUACCCGAGGUCGUCCCGCAAAGUUACGAUAACUUUAUCGACCGGAUCUGAGCGUUUGAACGGGACUACAGCGAGUUCCCCAGAGGCUGAUAAAGCAGGACUUACACAAGCAGACACAACUCCAACGGCCAACGGGAAUCCAGUGAGAGAGCCUGCUUCUUCCGCAAACAUGCCUGCCUUUUCAUGCUACGAAGCUUCAUCAAUGAGGCCAAUCUACUUCACAUCGACUGCUGAAAUCCUUAUACGCAGACCCGAUGGAGUGGAGAGGUCAUUGCCUGUCCAUAUCAUUAGGGAGUCCAAACCCAAACCACCGUCUCCCAACUCUCAUGAUGGUGAAAGUAUCAUCUGUAAUGACUCUGAUGUGUUAGUGGACUUGAUGGAUCAGCUGAGAAAUGAGACAGAUGACUGCCCAGAACUGGUUGGAAACCACGUUUUGAUCAGUAAUGACAUCUGUGGACCCAGAGUAGAAGAAUAUAAGAGGUUGGUGGGGAAUUCAAGUGAGGAUGAUACAGUUUCGAUGAAAGUUACCCCCUUCAGAAGCAAUGGGUGGGCCUCAUUACAUGAAGAGGAGCCAAUUCCCUCUGGUGUAGUUCAGCCUGAAGACCUCAUAAAGGAAGAUUUUAGUGGUCUGAGUAGUGGCAAUGCAGGUCCACAAUCAGAUAAGAGACGGGCCUUUGAGCUCAGUGUCCUGCAGGAGGCUCCUCCACAGAGAUGCCAAGAGAGAGCAGAUAUCAACGAUAAAGUCACCCGGUACUUGGCUGAAGUGGAGAAACAAAACAAGUACCUCCAGGAGAGGCACAAAUAUAGGUACCACAUCAUUCCAGACGGCAACUGUCUGUACAGAGCUGUGUGCAAAGCCACGUUCGGGGACCAGGCGAGGCACGGGGAGCUGAGGGAGCAGACUGUGCACCACAUCGCUGACCACUUGGAUGAGUUUAACCCAAUCAUCGAAGGGGAUGUUGGAGAGUUCCUGAUCAACGCAGCGCAGGAUGGUGCCUGGGCCGGAUACCCGGAGCUUCUCGCCAUGAGCCAGAUGCUGAACGUCAACAUCCACCUAACAACAGGGGGGAGCCUGGAGAGCCCCACCGUUUCCACCAUGGUGCACUAUCUCGGGGAGGAGGAUGGAUCCAAACCGGCUAUCUGGCUGAGUUGGCUCAGCAAUGGUCACUACGACGUUCUCCUGGACAAGAGUCUCCCCAACCCGGAGUAUGAAGACUGGUGCAGACACUCACAGAUGCAAAGGAAACGGGACGAGGAACUGGCAAAGUCAAUGGCGGCUUCAUUAUCCAAAAUGUACAUUGAAAAAAAUGGUUGUGUUUGAAAGAAAUAAUGUUGAGUAUUAGGAUUUUCACUGCCACUAUGGAUGCAGAACUAUGGAUUCUGCUUGGUUUCUACAUGCUUUAAAUUAUUUUUUUUACAAGAUUUAUAUUGUGAGAGAAAGGAAGUGCAGUGCACGGAUAGUACUUUGGAUUUUGUUCUUACCAACAUUGCCAAAUUAGUGGCAGUUGUCUCUGAAAGUGUUUGAAAGUGUGUGAGCCUGUUCGUGAUAGUUUUGGAUAUGUUGAUGUGAGUGGAGUACUCUAACGCUGUUCAUAUGCUGUACAUUAAGUGCUUUUGAGUAUAUUUAUUUGCCUUUUAUUGGCAGAGCUGUUGAUUUUCUAUCAUGCCUAUGCCUUGUAGUCUGUCGCCAAAUAUUAUCAAAUGCAGAGUAAUUUGGUUUGCAGUUUUUCACCAUAGCUACAAUAUUUAAUAUCUGUUUAGCUACUCUCUUUUGCACAAAGUCCUACCUGACAGUAAGUCCAGAGAGUUUUGAUUCAAGUCUGUUAGAAAAAUUUUUCCAUUAUUCCAGUUCAUG